ACGAAGAAAUAGACUAAUUUAAACGCAUAAAAUAGAAAGAGGGAGAGAAAAUUGCUCGUUGAAGGAUUGUCUUAGUGGCUGUGAGCUUCGAGGAGAUCCAAUAUGCCAUUUGAUACUGCUUUUUCUCAACAUAAGUCCGACGAAGGCAAAGCACUAGUGACGCAUACGGCGCAUUUUAGAAUAACGUUCCCCUGUGAUUUCUGGUUUUGGUGAAAUUCUUGAAUUGCAGAGGCGAACAUGGAGGAGGAAGAUGAUGGGAGCGUUAAUGCUAAGUUUACUGGGUGGUUGUGGAGGAGGUUUCGGGAGGAAGCACAGAGGACGGGAAUGCGUCCCUUGAAGUUGAGAAAGUCUGGGCUAUCACCGGCGUACCAGAUUUUCCCUGCUCCAUCUAAUUUGCUCUUCUUUUGUGAAUCAAAAAGUGGGCCUUCUUCAUCUUCUUGAUUCUUUUCCAAAGGAGGUUUGCUUUCCAUUACCAUAUGCUUUGGACAAUUCUAUUAUGAAUUGGAUUUAUGCUUCUUUUUUUGUAAUUUGUUAUAAUAGACAUAAUAAAUUUUUUAAUUUUUU